AUGACCACCUUUGACGACAUCCUAGAGGAAGCUGGGAAGUUCGGCCGCUGUCAGAAGCGGAUCUUCGCCCUGCUCUGUAUGGUGUCCAUGCCCUGGGCCGGCGUCUAUGUGGGCAUCGUCUUCCAGGGUUACACCCCAGAUCACUGGUGCCGGGAUGCUGCGGUGGUGGAGAGGAGACAGGAGUGUGGCUGGAGCCUGGCUCACACUCGCAGGCUGACAGUUCCUCUGGUCAACAGCUCUGGAGAACUGCAGCAGAGCAGCUGUGAGCAGUACGACGUGGACUGGAACACCACGGGGCUCACCUGUGACACCAUCGAAAUGAACCAUGGCAAAACUCCCACAACCACCUGCAAAAACGGCUGGGAGUACGACUACGAGGGCAGACAGUCGUUUGUUACUGAGUUUGACCUGGUGUGCUCAGACGGAUGGCUGGUGGAUAUGUACCAGGCCACUCUUAAUGUGGGCUUCCUGGUGGGGAGUAUCGCCAUCGGCUACCUGGCUGACAGGUUUGGCAGGAAGAUGAGCUUCCUGAUGUCCAACCUGCUGAAUGGGAUUGCAGGAAUCCUGGUGGCCAUAGCUCCAAACUACAUUUCUUUACUGGUUUUCCGGACACUGUACGGGUUCGGAGUGAAAGGAGGCUGGGUGGCCGGAUACGUGCUGAUCACUGAGCUGGUCGGGGUGGAGUACAGACGCACGGUGGGAGUCAUUUAUCAGAUGUUCUUCAGCGUCGGCAUUCUCCUCCUUCCUCUGCUCGCCUACUUCAUCACUGACUGGCGAUGGCUGCAGGUGGUCAUCACCAUGCCCUACAUUGUCUUCCUCUCCUACUACUGGUUCAUCCCAGAAUCUCCCCGAUGGCUCCUCUCUCAGAACAGGAAGUCCAAAGCUGUGGAGAUCACUGAGGCCAUGGCCAAAGAGAACAAGAUGACGCUGUCCAAGAACAUCGAGACUCUGACUGAUGAUAACGCAGACUCAGACUCAAACACUGCCUCCUUCAUGGAUCUGAUCAGAACUCCAAAAAUGAGGAAACACACCAUCAUCCUCAGCUUCAACUGGUUCACCAGUGCUGUUGUCUAUCAGGGUUUGAUCAUGAGGCUGGGCAUUCUGGGAGGAAACGUCUACAUCGACUUCCUCAUCUCUGGCCUGGUGGAGUUCCCCGCCGCCUUCCUCAUCCUCUUCACCAUCGAACGUAUCGGCCGACGCCUUCCAUUCGCCACCGCUAACAUCGUAGCCGGGGCCUCGUGCUUCAUCACUGCCUUCAUUCCUGACAGUAUGUUCUGGUUUAAGACGGUGGUGGCCUGCAUCGGCCGUCUGGGGAUCACCAUGGCCUUUGAGAUGGUUGUGUUUGUGAACACGGAGCUCUACCCAACAUUCGUCAGGAACUUUGGUGUGUCAGUUUGUUCGACUCUGUGUGACGUUGGAGGCAUCGUAGCCCCGUUCCUGCUCUACAGACUGGCCGUCAUCUGGCUAGAGUUGCCCCUCAUCAUCUUUGGCUCUUUGGCUUUCCUGGCUGGUGGUUUGGUGCUGCUGCUUCCGGAGACCAGAGGCGUGCCACUGCCUGACACAAUCGAUGACAUCGAGUACCCAGACAAGAUGAAGGAACAGAUGGCCCUGAAGAACCAGCAGCUGGACAACCUGCUCCCACAAACCAACAGCAUAUCGACCAACAAAGACCCAGCAUCAGUUUAAUGUGUCUGACAGAAAUAUUUAUUUAUUGUUGUCUUAUAUAUACAGAUUUGAUUUUCUUUGUUCUGACCCUCAAUGUUUCCAGAAUAAGCUGCUGAGUGAUAUUGGGUCACUUGUUAUAA